ACUCCCUAAAUUCCGUCGAGCUCUCUCGAUUUUUGUUCUCUGUUUUUGUUACAUUUCUUGUUUAUUGGCUUUUACUUCUGCUAGUUAACAAGUUUAGUUCUUUCACAGCACCAGAAACAGAGAGCUACAAAUUCUUUCCGCUUUGUGAAAUCUGUAAUCAUGCUCGUAUAUCAGGAUCUUCUCACAGGUGAUGAGCUGCUUUCCGACGCAUUCCCAUACAAGGAAAUCGAGAAUGGGAUGUUAUGGGAAGUUCAGGGAAAGUGGGUGGUUAAGGGAGCUGUUGAUGUAGACAUUGGUGCUAACCCUUCUGCUGAAGGUGAGAAAGAAGAUGAAGGUCUUGAUGACCCAGCUGUCAAAGUUGUUGAUAUUGUGGAUACAUUCAGGCUUCGGGAGCAAUUUGCUUUUGACAAGCAGCAGUUUCUUGCCUUCAUGAAGAGGUACAUCAAAUUGCUGACACCCAAAUUGGAGCCAGAGAAACAGGAGUCCUUCAAGAAGCACAUCGAAGGAGCUACCAAGUUUCUGCUGUCAAAGCUCGAAGACCUCCAAUUCUUUGUGGGCGAGAGCAUGCAUGAUGAUAGCAGCUUGGUAUUUGCAUACUACAAGGAAGGUUCAACUGAACCAACCUUUCUGUACUUUGCAUACGGCCUCAAGGAAAUCAAGUGUUAAGAAAGGAAUCGCUCAUUUCAUGAGAGCUUAGUCUAUGUUAUUUAAAAGUAAAAGCUUGUGGUGUGUUUUGGUAUUUUUGCAUUAACGAGCCUUCUGUACUUUGAUUAAACUGGGAAGUAAAGUCAUUAAUACUUGGCUUUAGCAAA